AUGGUGACUCUCUUCAAAGCUUCGGCGGAAGCAUCGCCUUCUGUCAAGAUUCCUCAUCCAGCGAAAGAUAAGUCCCCCCAGCGACUGAUUGAGCUGGGUUCAUGGACCCCAAGCAUACCUAUCGAGGAAAAGAACGACUUUCAAGAAUCGGUUCGAUCUGAGUGGAUUAGCUCACAAAUUCUACCGAGCAACGGAUUUCAAGGUCGCACACCCAAUGCUUGGACGAAAGUCCUAAGGGAAGAAGAAGAUACAGAACAGCAAUUAGGGUCGGAACAAGGCUCUGACAAAGAAGAAAGUGAACACACUCUUGCGAAUGAUAGCGACAUAGAUGGCGAUGAUAUAGAUAACAGCGACGACAACGACGAUUCUGAUAACGAGAGCAACAACUCGGACCUUGACGACGAUAGUAAAGAUCAAUCUAUAUCCAAUGCUUUGAACUGGGGCAGAGUACUCGAAGACGUUGCAAAUAUCCAGAGCGGCUCGUCAGAUUCCGGUAGUGCUGAACAGAAGGACACCCUCGAUACCGAGACCACCUGGAGAUUUGUUCGUCAUAUCACCAUCUCGCGAGAUCAGACACACGCGAGUGGUUACGAUAAGGAGCAACUUGCGGCGCUUCUUGAGCAAAGUUGGGGAGAUAUAGAUCAGUCCACCGACCAAAAUCAGCAACAGGAACCAAUAGUACCGUCGAUUGAAUUCUCUGGUUCCCCUUCAACUCACGCUCUUCAGGAUUAUCAGAUGCAGCUUAUGCUUCUUGAACAGCAAAACAAGAGACGACUCAUGAUUGCCAGAAUGGAACAAGACGCAAUUUCGGGAGGCGAAAGUUCUGCCAAAGAUAACACAAUGCUAUCUCUACCUACCACCGACAUGGAACAGGUCGACGACAAUAGCAAAGAAUCGGUUCCCGCAAACCUCGUUCAGAUAAUCAAGAUUCAACAAGAGAUUGAUAAGCUCCGCAGAAUACAAAACACCUUGAAAUCGACUACCUGGCUUGUGCUCCAUAAGAUACAAGGCGACGAGACCACAUAUCUGGCAGAUCCCUCAUGGGCCCCAAAGCAAGGACAAGCGCCGUACUUUAGAGGAAACUCACCUCUUGGCAACGAAAGCGAAUAUCUCAAGCAUAGGCCAGAUGCUGCCUUCGCGGUGUACAGACACUACGACCCCACCUUCCAAGCAAAGGAUGUUCGCAAGGCAAGGGAGGAGGGUCUCACAAUGCCGUAUCCUAAGCCUGUCCGAGAGGUUAUUCAGCCACUAUCAGAGCAAAUGAUUGCUGCCCUGUACGCAUUUGUUGACUUACAUCCGACCUUCAGGGAUAGGUUUCCUGGUUGGGUGUCCAGCGAUCCUAUCAAUUCGCCGUUUCUAUUCUGGUACUGCUAUCGAACUGCGACCGAUCUCCAAGUCAUGGACGAACCGCACAGGACGCAGAUGACAUUGCUCACGGAAUGGAUUGAUAAUAACUACAGCAAAAUACACGCUGAUGUCGAAGAUAAAUUCUCCCAGGGAUAUGUGUCCGAGUCAACGAUGCCGUUUUUCAUACAGCCUGGUGAGGUCUUGGUAUCAAUGACUGAAAAAGGUAUCAGUGGUUAUAUCGCUGAGUCGUGGCCUGCGCAAGGUGCAACCAAUUAUACAUCACCUAUUCGUCCAAACGGUCCUCGAAAGGUGACACAACGCUGGACAGUUAAUGCCUGGUCUUAUGGAUACGACGGAAGCUUCUACAAGGAUUCUACAGUUCUCACGCUCAACCUUGAAUUUGACGAGGAUAAACCGGAUGUUAGCAUUGCGAAGCUAAAUGUCUUACCCAUACGGUUCGGCAACCGGGAUUUCCAAACAAAACUCGAACGUCGAGGACGAACUAUGUGGGCUUGCAGAGGAAGAAACUUGAUCGCCUACCAUGAUACCAACGACAAUAACUUGUCAAAUGAAGGAGAGCGAUACAUGAUCGACUUUAACACGUAUAAGCAACUUCAUUCAGAUUCAUACAAGUUCAAGAUGGCUUAUGCAUCACUGACAAACCCUCACCGCAAAGAAAUGGACUCAGCUCUUAUGGAGUGCGACGAGCCACCUGAGGCACCUGAGUUGUUUGUCUUUCCCAGUACUGUUGUCGGAUACAAUCUUCGGCACAAGAAGUGGCAGGACCUCCAGAUCGAUUCGAUUCAGGAAUUGCAAUGGAACAAACAAGCCUUCAGACACCUUGUAAUCGACGAAGAAACCAAGGACAUCAUACAAGCCCUUGUUACAAGCAAGCUGGAAACAGACCAGACGACGGAUUUAAUCCAAGGUAAAGGCAAUGGACUGAUUAUCUUGCUGCAUGGAGGGCCAGGCACUGGCAAAACGUUUACAGCAGAAAGUGUUGCCGAGUUAGCCGAGAAGCCUCUGUUCCGAGUAACCUGUGGUGAUAUCGGAACGAAGCCGGAAGACGUUGAGAAGUAUCUCGAGUCAGUCCUGCACCUGGGUAAGAUCUGGGGUUGUGUGGUCUUACUCGACGAAGCCGAUGUCUUCCUGGAGCAGCGAACUCUUACCGACCUUGAGCGUAAUGCUCUCGUGUCUGUGUUCCUCCGAGUUCUCGAGUACUACGAAGGCAUCCUGAUUCUGACUUCCAAUCGCGUCGGCACUUUCGAUGAAGCUUUCAAGUCUCGUAUUCAACUUUCUCUCCACUACGAGACAUUGACCAAAUCUCAACGUCGCACCAUCUGGUCGAAUUUCCUCCAACGAUUGAGCGCGCUUGAGAAGACUGCAGUAGUCCAACCAAUCACAGACAGAAAGCGAAAGUAUGAGACUGAGCGAGGUAUCAACUUUGAUGAUAUUGAACGGCACUUGGCAGAUUUAGCGGAGGAGCAGAUGAACGGAAGACAAAUUCGCAAUGCCAUCACUACGGCAAGACAGCUGGCAAAGUUCAAGGAUGAGAGUAUGACGUACAAGCACUUGGAGCAUGUUAUCAAGAUUUCGAGAAAGUUUGACAAGUAUAUUGAGAAGGUUAGGGAUAGCUAUUCGGAUGAUCAGGUUGCCAGAGAAGAGGGUAUUCGAUAG